AUGAAUCACUUGCUCAAUACGCCCCCGAUUCGGCCGAGACGCGAAGAAACAAAAGAAGGAAAAGAGCACACGGUUCCGUCACAACUCAGCCAAAUUUUUACUACAAGGCCGGAUCCCGAGCCGUUCACGGCAGAGGGCCAAAGGCUACGUGCACAACAGCAGAUGGAUCUUGAGCUGAGUGGUGAGCACGAGAAGGCGAGGAAUAAGAUGGAGAAGAGACAAGCAGCCGAACUGAGAACGGCGUCGAGGGCUGUAAAAGUAGCCCAAGUAGUCGGCAAAGUGAGCGAUGCGUGGAAGAACUUCACCGGCCAGCCAGAACGGGUGAAACCGGUGACACCGGGGAACCAAGGUGGUUCAGGGAACCAAGGCGGUUCAGGGAACCAAAGGAACCAAGGCGGUUCAUCGAGCUAG